GGGAGGGGAGGGGGCCGCGGGGGCGGCUCGGCGGAACCAGCCCCGGCUGGGGAGCAGCGGCGACUCUGGGGGCCCGGGCCAGGGCUUUCCGGGCUUCGGUGAGGCCGCUGCGGGCCCCAUCUUCCGGCGGUCGCCGGAGUGUGAGGUGAUUGUUGCUGCCACCGCCCUGGCUGCCAUCUCCUCCUCCUCCUGGGCCGCCGCCGCCUCCUCCUCCUCCUCUUCCUCCUCCUCCUGGGCCGGGCUGAUCCCCUCCCCGCUGCCGCCUCCUCCUGGGCUGGGCCCACGGUGUCUCGUCCCCUCGCGGAGCCGCUCCUGCCGCUGCCGCCGCCGCCGCCGCCUCCUCAUUCAUCCUCGUGCACCAUAGGCGGCACAGGCACCAAGAUGUCCAACCGAGUGGUCUGCCGGGAAGCCAGUCACGCCGGGAGCUGGUACACAGCCUCAGGACCGCAGCUGAAUGCACAGCUAGAAGGUUGGCUUUCGCAAGUACAGUCUACAAAAAGACCUGCUAGAGCCAUUAUUGCACCCCGGAGAAUUUUCAUCCUUGGGCCUUCUCAUCAUGUGCCCCUUUCUCGAUGUGCACUUUCCAGUGUGGACAUAUAUAGGACACCUCUGUAUGACCUUCGUAUUGACCAAAAGAUUUACGGAGAACUAUGGAAGACAGGAAUGUUUGAACGCAUGUCUCUGCAGACAGAUGAAGAUGAACACAGUAUUGAAAUGCAUUUGCCUUAUACAGCUAAAGCCAUGGAAAGCCAUAAGGAUGAGUUUACCAUUAUUCCUGUACUGGUUGGAGCUCUGAGUGAGUCAAAAGAACAGGAAUUCGGAAAACUCUUCAGUAAAUAUCUAGCGGAUCCUAGUAAUCUCUUUGUGGUUUCUUCUGAUUUCUGCCAUUGGGGUCAGAGGUUCCGUUACAGUUACUAUGAUGAAUCCCAGGGGGAGAUUUAUAGAUCCAUUGAACAUCUAGAUAAAAUGGGUAUGAGUAUUAUAGAACAAUUAGACCCUGUAUCUUUUAGCAAUUACUUGAAGAAAUACCAUAAUACUAUAUGUGGAAGACAUCCCAUUGGAGUGUUAUUAAAUGCUAUCACAGAGCUCCAGAAGAAUGGAAUGAAUAUGAGCUUUUCCUUUUUGAAUUAUGCCCAGUCAAGCCAGUGUAGAAACUGGCAAGACAGUUCAGUGAGUUAUGCAGCCGGAGCACUCACGGUCCACUGAAGCUCUGAGUCCUCAGGGAUGCCACCUGCACAUGCUCAUUCUCUGUUCGGGGUCCCAGCCCAGCCCUUACCAAGAUCCUGGUCCUGGUUUGGGGGGAUUCUGAAACCUCAAACUAAUAGAACUUUCUUCUCUUCUUUUCUAGUAGGUGUAGUCCUUCCUUAAUUUCAACUCAUUAAAAAAUGCUUUAUAGUUUAGGGCAGUGGAAGGAAGGCUGGCAUCAAAUAAUUUGAUCAAAAAAGAUGGCAAUGUAAUGGCCCAGUUGUGGCAUUUUUUGAAAGUAACUUGUAAAGCAUUGACCAUAUCCUAAACUUGCACUCUUUGCAGACUUGUGCACAUAUAUUCCGCUUUCAGAAUAGUUUUGCAAAUUGUACACAAACAAAAAAGGUGGAAGCUUUUUAAUAAAGAAAUUGCAUUUAUAAAUGAUCUGUAUUAGAAUAUAAUAAUUCUCCAGUUAUAGUCCAUUACUACCCGUGUUGUACAACAGAUACCUUCUAUUUUAGUUGCUAAUAAAGGGCUACACAACUCAAAA